AUGUCUGAUGGAUCACUUGAUGAAAACAUUACCACAGGUGUAUGCCAUCAACGAACUGAUUCAAGUCCUGAUCAUGGUGACCCAACUGUCCUUAUGCCUGUAUGCACGAAAAGACUGAAAGUUUAUGCGAUGAAGGUUGCCAAAGACUUAGGUGUUGCCGAGGAGGAACUUCAUGAGUUUAUUGAUACUGGAGGGAUAUACUAUAUGCUUAUUGACAUCAAGGCCACCUUGUUGAGGCGGAAUGAAGACGCCAGGAAGAUAGAGCUCGCCCAGUUGAAAGAGCUGCUAGAUUCUAAGGACUUCAAGUCUGGAAUCCAGAGUCAUCUCACUGCAUGCAUGCUGUCACCCAACAUCACUGCAUAUGUCACCAAUGCACACACUCACAUUAUGGACUUCGUCAGGAAGCAUCACGAUGUGUUCAAAAUCCCUGUGGCAAUACUUGAAGAUGUGGAACUUAAAGCACAACUGUCAAAAAUGGUCAGUGACCUGCUUUCAUCCAUCCAUGGCAACAUAAAGGCCAAGCUGACAAUGUCAAUCAUCAAACAAUUGAGUAUCAUGGAGACCGCAAAGUCUCUCACUCAUCACUGCAGCAUUGAGGUUGAUUCUAUGCACUGGAAUAGGUUCGCAUUUUUGCAGCGCUGCUUGCACAUUUUCCUUAUCCGCAUGGAUGACUACAAGACUGUACCCCUCAAAGUUCUUUUUUCCAACUCACUCAUUCCAUCACUUCACGAUGACCUUCACAUCAAAAUCAAUGAGAAACUCAGCAUUGACAUGGACACUAUCAAAUGCAGGAUACAUGGCAAUGUUGAUCAAGACCUUGAACCCAAUACUCCUGCUGAUUCUGAAAGUUUCUUAGAUGAAGACCAUCUGAUGCAAGACAUGGAGAAUACUGACAAUGGCAGCCAGCAAGAGAAUGAGGGCGAGAAUAUUGGGGGCAAAGGAGCAGAGGAUGAGGACCAAGGCAAAGGAGAUCUGCCAGUUGAUGAGGAAAAUUCAGGAUCUGAAAGCAAAGGACACCCUGCUGUUUACUCUUUGUCUAAGUUCUGGAAGUUUGUAGAUGACUCCCUUGAUGGCAUUCGUGAGCUAGCAAGGGCCUGGGUCAGUGAGCAAGAGGGGAUGGGUGGUUCUCUGACAUAUGAACAUGCUUUUCACGAUAUCCUUGUGGAAUACUUUCAAUUGGACCUCACUGAAUUUCCUGGAAGGAGAACCAUUCCAAAGCUCCUCACUACCACUAGCCCCCAGUGGCAGACUACCAUCCAGAACCAGCUCUUAUGGUGA